CCGGAGCAACGCGGGACGAGCCGCCCAGUCCUGCUCUGUGCUUGCUGGGUUUACUCGUAUUGUUCCCAGCUACUGCUCAUGUGAUGCACUCCCUAGCCCAGGAAAUUAAAGCAUUCUCCCGGAAUAAUCUCAGGAAGCAGUGCACCCGAGUGACAACGCUAACUGGAAAGAAAAUUAUAGAAACAUGGAAAGAUGCCAGAAUUCAUGUGGAAGAAGUAGAGCCGAGCGGUGGGGGUGGUUGUGGCUAUGUGCAGGACCUUAGCUCGGACCUGCAGGUUGGCGUUGUUAAGCCAUGGUUGCUUCUGGGGUCACAAGACGCUGCUCGUGAUCUGGAUACACUGAGAAAGCACAAGGUGACUCACAUUCUCAAUGUUGCAUAUGGAGUUGAGAAUGCUUUCCUCAGUGAGUUUACAUAUAAAAACAUUUCCAUAUUGGAUCUGCCUGAAACCAAUAUCCUGUCUUAUUUUCCAGAAUGUUUUGAAUUUAUUGAGCAAGCAAGAAUUAAG